AUUCAGCCAGGAGGCUUCUUAAACACAGUGCAUUGUGGGAUAGGGAAGCUCCGUGACCUGUCCCUGCAGGCGGUGAACAGCAGGGGGCAGCACAGCAUCUCCUUCACCCUCUCCAGGAACCAGACCGUGGUGGUGGAGUACUGCCAUGAGGACCACACAGACAUGUUCCAGGUCAGCCGCUCCACCGAGAGCCCCAUAGACUUCAUGGUGACGGACACACAGGGAGCGUCCCAGGAGAGCGAGGACUCGUGUUCGGCUCCCAGCACUAUCUCACCCAAGGUGCACUGACGAUCGCAAAUCAUAGCGUGAAUAAAAGUGAUCCUUGCAUACCUUCAGACUGUUUCGGUUUCGUUCUUUACAUUUACAGUCGGAAAUAUUUAUGUCUAGUCUUUAAAAAUGCCAUCCGUAAAUCAAGACGCAUUUUACUGGAGACGCAAAAGUCUUGUUUUCCGGUAAGCUGAUCACAAUUCAGUUUUUGCUUAAAACAAUGAAGACUAGUUUCUGCUUUGAGUCAGCGUGAUGCUUCUGAGCUGUUUGUUCUAGUUUUGAUCAGUUUCUCUUCACGUGUUCAUCUCCAGUUAAUCAGUCUGGAUUUGAGGAAGUUUGGAUAUUUGUGCUGGAGAACAAGACUGAAAUCACUUUUUAUGCAGGGUGAUCAAGCUACAGUAAAAGUUAUUCAUAUUAAUGUUUGAAAGCACACAUAUUCAAUCCAUUAUCUUUUUUUUUUUAAACCAAAGAAACCAUAUUGACAUUUCAUUCAGUUCAUUCUGUAAGGUUUGGUUUUGUAUUUUUAGGUUUUUUUUUUCUUCUUUGUCUUAAAAGGGCUUAAAUCCCUUCAUAAAACCCUCAGAAACCUAGUGUACAGUGAGUUAAUGUCAAGAGUGUAGUUUGAUUCUGAUUCUGACAAAGCAGACAUUUAAUUGUGUAAUCAAAAUGAUUUCCAGAGACAAUUUAUUUACAAUGGUAUCUCUUCUAACACUUGAAACUCAUUGUAAGUAAUGUCUGACUAUGGAAAUUAUAGUUACAUUUAAAAAAUUAAAUUUAUGCAUUU